CAAAAGGAAAAGGAAAGAAAAAUUAAUAAUAAUUUGACUUCGUUUUUUUGGGCAAGUGUGAAGGAGAGGGAGGCUCGGAUUAGUUUUGGGAGUGGAUUCUGAUAGGGCCCUUGCCCUGGGCAUGACCCAUUGACCUUGGCCAGGAUUGCUUUGGUGUGGGCGUAUGAGAAUCGAUUUUGGAUUUUGGGGCAAUUGGUUGAUGUUCCACGUGUACAAGGACGACGCCAGACGUUGAGAAAUGUGCAGAUAUGAUCAAUCUUACGUCCCCACCUCUGGCAGUUUCAAAAGUUUCAAACUUAUCCAUGCAAUUGUCCGUCUGACAUUUCUGAUUCCUUUGAACAUCUUGAGAAAAACUCUUGGAAAAAGUUUCAACAAUACCAACAACUAUGGAAGCAACAUCGCUUUUUUCUUCUUCUUGCUUCACUGCCUCUUCCCCUCCUUCAGCUCUUUGUCCACCUCAAAAUCUCGAUCACAGGGGCCUGUUUUCAUUAACUGUAAAUCGCCGGAGAUGUCAAAUAUCUGUUGUGGGCAAAAAAUUGAGCUUCUGCCAAAUGGCAGUUCUGAGAGGAAAUGUGCGGGCAACAGGAGUUCCAACUUCUGUUCCAGUAAGAGUAGCACAUGAGCUUCAUCAAGCUGGGCAUCGAUAUUUGGAUGUCAGGACACCCGAAGAGUUCAUUGCAGGGCAUGCACCUGGGGCUAUAAACAUCCCUUACAUGUACAAAGUUGGAUCAGGAAUGACAAGGAACCCCAAUUUUCUGGCGGAAGUAUCAUCACACUUUGGAAAAUAUGAUGAAAUUAUUGUUGGCUGUCAACUUGGGAAAAGGUCUCUAAUGGCAGCCACUGAUCUUUUAGCUGCUGGGUUUACAGCCGUUACGGACAUUGCUGGAGGGUAUGCGGCCUGGACUCAGAAUCGGCUUCCAAUAGAAUGAUGAUUCUGCAGGCUAACUGCGGAGAAUGAGCUGCUGAUACAAUAAAUAAAUUGGAGACAAAUUAUAAAUGUUAAGUGAGGAAAAAUGCAAGGAUAACCACAUAGCAGUAAAUAUAUGGCAUUUACCAGAUGUAUGUGAACCUGGAUACCUGGAGGAAGUAAUUCCUGAUCUUCUGUAUGGAAAAAGGAAACAAACAAAUAAUAGAGGAGUGGAACUUGUAAACUUUGUACAUAAAAAUCUCGUCUUUUCUAUUUGAUAGAAAAAUCACUGCUAAUCCAUUACCAUAAGGACCGAUAAUGACUGCCAAGGCAAGCACGUUCACGUCUAAUAGAUUGUUUUGAACCUUACGAUCUCUUCCUAUCAAUGUCACUGUUGGAGUUAUU